GCCGACGCGGCGGAUAUGACGGCAGCGUCCGCGCGCCGCCCGGCCGGUCACGCGGGCGGUGGGCGCGGCUCGGCGGGGAAGAUGGCGGCGCCGCGGGAGCCGGGCGGGGGCGCGAAGCGGCCGGAGCCGGAGCCGAGCGCGGAGCAGCGGCGCGUCAUGCAGCGCGCGGAGGAGGCGCUGCGCCCGCGGGCCCUGCAGCGGCGGCUCCGGGGCCGGAACCUGCUGACGGGGCUGGGCAUCGGCGCGGUGGUGCUGGGCAUCUAUGGUUACACCUUCUACAAGAUCUCCCAGGAGCGAUUCCUGGACGAGCUGGAGCAGGAGGUCGAGGCUGCCAAGACCCCGGCGAACUGAGACCCUGAGCUGGCCGGGGCUGCUCCCCGCUUGGGAUGGAUCCAUCUGGAACUGACGCAUGUGCCAGGGACCUGCCGCAGCCCAACCCCUCCUGGGUUGCAUUGGCCUUUGAGGUGCCUGGCACUCCCUAGGGUGGGGGGGUGAGUCCUUGCAGUGUGUGGGGGAGGGGCGUUCCCUCUCCCCUGAGCAGACCAGGCUCCUACCACCUCCAGUUAAACCUCCAGGCUGCAGUUGUAGAUUGUGGUGCAACAGCACCAAGUUUGUUCCCUGACAUGCUCAUCUGCUAUUCACCCCCUGCAGCGGGUGGGCCAGGGCCUCAAUAAACCUGUCUAAAUGA